UCGAGAGCGCAUCCUUCCUCCUAUUUUCAUUUUUUUUCUUUCCAUCUCUUUUCCCACGCGUGAUCGGGUCGCGCGUUUCAGGGUCCUGCGUCCUUCCACUUCAACCUUCACCUUCUCGCGGCGAGGAACAGAAUCGAGUGUCCGUCGCGCAUUACGCGUUGUGACGAUGCCACAAGGUUGAAAGCUAACGAGAAGUCGAUUUGUUAUAAAAAAAUUUUCGAACGAAGAGUGUGAUUUUGGUUUUACGUGCAAACUGUGACAUGUUCUGGACAAGAAGGCCCUGACUGUGGGAGAAAUGGAUGCUCGAAGAGCCUUGCCAUUCUUCCUGCUAGUGAUCUGCGCGAUCAGCGCGGCCUCUAUCAUCAGGAAUGGCCGGGGUGACUCUAACAACAUUCGACGCAUUCGCAGAAUCAAUUUGAGCGAAUACCUUGUUCCACCACCACCGCCGAGGUUUCAUUCACCGAAUAGAAUCCCAAGAUUGGUUAACCUUCAUUCGGUUGAGGCGCCAGGAUACUUUGCGCAGCUGAUGAAUUGGUUGAAUCCCUUUGCUUCCGGUUCUCCGUCCGACUCAUCAAAAGUGCCACCUUUGUCACCACCGCCACCACAAACACCCUUGCAUGCCGAAACUGCGUAUCCUCCACCGAAUUUUAUUCCACCUCCACCUCCAGCUUCAGGGAUCUAUGGGGAUCCAUCUCCUGCGACUUAUGAUAAACCACCUCCUCCUUUACCCUCCCUCAACAAUCACCAGGGAUAUCCCCCUUCGGAUAAAGUCAAGAGCUGCAAUCCUUGCAACAAAGUUCCCUGGAUACCGAUGCAGCAUGGUGAAUUUUCUCAUUCGGGAGAUGCUUCCUACGCACAGCCGCCACAACCGCUGCCUCAAUUACCAUCAUCAAAUGGCGAAUAUCUGCCACCCAGAAAUCGUGAAAUACCUUACGACGCUCAUCAUGCCGCGUCGCAGGAAGUUAGAGCUCCAGAUUAUUCUUUCGCGUCACCCAUCGGUGGACAAGACGGGUCUUUCAUCAACCCGCUGCCAAAUCCACAACUGUAUCCUGGAGCAAUGCCGCCGCUCUUCAAGGCGGAAAUAUUCAAUAAUCCUGCUGUACAAACCGUUACGGAUAAUAAUUCGGAGUUAUCGCCAUAUCUCAACGCGCCGCCACCACCAUCAUCUAUUUCCGGAGAUGUUGCAUCCACAAACGACUCUUUUCCGGAUACAGCGCAGCUCAGUUUUAACAAUGGAGCAUCCGUUCAUCCAGAUCUUUCGAGUUUCCCCGAUCGAGAAGUUUAUCACGAAUUAAGAUAUACCAAUCCUGACGCGAGCAACAGAGAGUUCGAACACUUUAAUGCUCAGAAUUAUAAUGUUGACUUAUCUCCUAGCGGCACUCAGGUGUCUCAAGGUCAUUCAAAUCUUGUAGCAGAUAAGGAGAGAUUUGAUAAUACCGCGACACAAAGUUCCAUAAGUCAUCAAACGUUUGGCAAUUCUGGCGAUGUGCUGAUUGAUCCAAAUCCUCCUAGUAGUUACGGAAUUUCCGGUCGCGAUCAAAUACCGGGCAAUCUCGAGCAUGGAUACAACGAUUUGUCCUCCAGCGCCAACGUUGCUGAAGACUCUCACGCACCUUUGCGCGCUACAGGAUCUUCCGUGAAGAUUGAAGAUUCAAUACAUUUUGAGGAGUCACUGUUGCUAGAUUUCACGCACAAGGGUGAAAGUCGGACGGACUCGUCCUCGUUACCGCCGACCUCUAACGCGUUCACGGAUUAUACAAACACCGAGACUACCGGGACGACUUUGGCACCUGACGAUGAGAUUUUUGGAACACGUCACGCAGCUACGACAACAGAAUCUUACUUUUCCACGGAUCGCUUCCGGCAGACAGUCCAUUUUGUGACACCUUCGGAGGAGUCGAAGAUCAACGAUAGCGUUGCACAAGGCUCGAAUGGAAAUAUUUAUGAUCAUAAGGCUCUUCGGGGACAAGACGUUUCCUAUAUUCCGCCAUCCGAUCAGGUUGGAUAUUUAUGGUCGAGUGUCGCAUCGACGACUUCAAGGAGUACAGAGGACGGAGGACUUUGGGACACUCUGAACUCUGCAUUGAGUCCUUACGACGACGUAGAGGAGGAAACAUUGAACGAAAGUGUUAGUAUUAGAUCGAAAGAGGAGAAUACAUCUACAAAACAGCAAGGCGCAAAGAGGAAUAAAAAGGUACAGCUCAUUAUUCCCUACACGUCACAGUACACACCACUUCCGUUCCAUUCAUCACACGAACGAGAGCACGAGCGAAAGACUUUGCAUGUCGCGACUGAAUCCAAUCACGACAAAUAUUUGGCCGAAGAAUCAAGGAACAGAAUUAAAGUCACCAGUCCUCCGAAUUCUUCGUAUAUUUGGCCGACUACUUCGGUAUUAUCGGAAGAUAUUACUAGGAAAGUCGGUACUAAAGUCAACAACUCUAUAGACGUACAUAAAUUGCAAAAGAAUAUUGAUAAUUGGACGAUACAGGAAUAUUCAAGGGGUACAACUGUUAGUACAAUAUCGCCCAGUUCGGCAAAUCCGUAUCUUUUCCCUUCAAAGCAGAUUCCUAGUGAGUACUUGACGACCACCGAACCUGUUAAUCAUGGAAUCGGUCCUUACGAUGAUAACGUUAAAACCUUUACUCUGGCCGGAUUCACUUUCAAUGAUCUAGACUACAAAGGUUCGGCUAGCAACCGUGUAGAAGGACCGCGAGUACAAGUGAUGCAGGUCGGAAAUGCAAAGUCGACCGAGAGUCCUACUGACUCUUCCACCGCAUCCACAAAAGACGACGUUACAUGGCAGGGCUUCUCCGUGGAUGUUUCUUCGGCGAACAAGGAACGCGUCUACGUGGUGACGCCUCAGCCUAUUACAACCACUACUAAGUCGAAUUCUGCCGACAGGAAGAAAGAAAAAGCAGCGAAAGAAGCGGACAGAAACUCUAAAGCCUUGGCGACAGACACGAAGAAAACCAAGAAGAAAUCCAAUUCGUUCGAAUCGAUCGAGAAAGCCUAUCAAGUGUUACCUCAGGCUGUGAACAAUUUGGCUGUGGCUUCUACAGGUCCAGAUAGCGUUCCCUUGUGGGGUAUCAUGGAGCACGAGGAGUUCGCGUCGCUUGACGAGAGUGAACACGAGAGUGAAGAAGACAGUGAGUCCCUUGAAGUUCCUGUGCUGUAUACUGGACAUUCAAAGGUAUCACGUGCCAGGCGAUGACGCAUUAAUCGUGAAAAAUGCUCAAAAGGAUUAUUUGUGCAUGUGCAGACAAUAUUGAUGAUAUGUUUCAGUGAGCGAUGAGUGAGUGUGAACAGUUAUGUUCAAACGGAGUUCUUUCACUAUAUUUCGACGAACAUUUUAACUUAAUAAUAUUUAAUGCAAACCGGUGAAUCCUCUCUCUAUUUCUAUUUUGAUUCUACGUAUGUGCGUAAGUGAUUAUUGUGGCCAGUGUACUAGAUAAAUGUAUUUUGUAAUCCGAGCAUGUGUAUCUUUAUGAGUUUUGCUAUAUGAUUGUAAUUCAAUAAGUCUAAAAACACAAGCAGAGAGACUAGGAGAAACUAUGACAGCGCGGCAUAUAUUUGCAUUAAGUCGUCAUCACGAUUGUUGUCCGCUAUUAAAGUGGUUGGAAACCAAAUAUUUUAAAUACAGAGAGAAUGCCAAUUUU